CCAUUAGGACAAGGCAUCUGUAAAUUAACCGCUGGACCUCUUAAUCCCUUUUACGGGCAACCAUACGGUGUGCAUUCAUCCAAGUUUACCCUUGCUUGAGUGGCAUUACCCCGUCGCGAAACACCGCUGUCAAUGACCAGCGAGGCCGGACAAAGGCAGGAAUCGCCAACGGAAAAGGAGAUCGGUCAGUUCGAUACCGCUUUCAAUGACAAACCGCCACAUACAUCUCCGGCGCAGGAAGAGCCCUCAUCUGGAGGUGCACCGGUAGCAGUGGACCUGACCCUCCAAAACAACAGCGCCGCCGAUGAUUCUGAUUCUAAUAUUGACCGCCCAGAGAACGAAAUCCACUCCGACCUUCGCUUUUCUCAGCCAAUAGAUGAAAAUGUAGACGACGACAUUGACGCUUCCUCGGUCGGUGCCAUGGAUGGAGAUAACAAUUCCGACGUGGACUCAACUGGGCCUAUGGAAGAAUAUUCAUCACAUGAUCCCGACACAAAGAGCCAAUUGCAGGAUCACACAUCUCUCUCCGAAAAAGAAUUCGAACCUUCCCCCGUACAAGUAAAUAUGGAAUCUUCAAAUCGCACAUCACCACCUGUAACGCCACCAUCGUCUUCUCCUCGACGGCCGGACUUUCUGGACCGACGGCGGACGUAUCAAGGCCCAGGCAUAUCCCGCCAUUCCUCUUUCCCGUCUGUCCAAAGGCAUUCCCGCGAUGUGUCACCUGUACGAACAGAGUACGGCGGUGAGCAGGAGGCCGACAAUGAUGACGUGAUGUCUGUUCGCUCAACCAUGACAACCCAUACUCUACGCGCAAACCGACCGCGUCCGGUCACAAAGUCGCAGAAAAUCUCCAGUAUUCAAAAUAUCUUCACAGAAAGUCAGAAAAUUGCAUAUGUCGGACUUUGCUACCUCAGCGCCGUGCAUAAUAAAAAGGCGGAUGUGAAAGCAUGGAAGAAGGCCAAUGAGUCGUACACCAAGUGGGCCGAUGGAUUUAUGGAGCGACUAUAUGCAUAUCUGGAUAUAAAGGAGGAGGAAAGAGUCAUGAUCAAGAGCCUUGCCGAGCACGGUCUUGUACCCUCCGAUCUCUCUAAAUCACUCAUAGACGAUGCCAAAAAGGCGGCACAGAUUAUCAAAGACCGACAAGAGCGUCGCCAACGCGCCGAACAAGAAGCGCUUGAAAAUGGGAUUCCCUUUGAGCUGGACGGUAUAGAAGAUUCUGACGACAACAUGGACCCAACAGACAUUCGAUAUACUAUUUUGACGCAUUUGUUUAUCCUGUGCAUCGCGGAUGGGCGGUAUGAUGCACGGAGUCGAGCUGUUCUGAGGUCGGUUGCAAACGACUUGGAGGUUCCGUGGCUGGAUGUGGUCAAACUGGAAAGAGCAAUAGCGGAGCAACUGCGCAUUUACGAGGACAGCGAGGAAGUGAAAGGGGACGUGGAAGUGAUAGGAAAGAGGAAUGUGGCUGAUAGUAAAAAACGAUGGUUAUUUACCGGACUGGCCACUCUUGCUGGCGGUGCUGUUAUCGGAUUAACCGCCGGAUUGGCCGCUCCUCUCAUUGCUGGCGGUAUUGGGGUGGCCCUGGGAACGUUUGGUGUUACGGGGGCUACUGCCGCUCUUUCGACUACUGGAGCUCUGGCUCUUAUUACUACAGGAGGAGUGCUUACCGGUGGAGGCAUGGGUGGGUUCAAGAUGAUGAAACGGACCAAGGGAAUCACGCAAUUCGAAUUUUUGUACAUCGAGGACGCGCUAAGGCUCAUAGAGGAGAACAAGGAGAAGAGACGAACGGAAAGAAGGAAACGGAGACGAAGGGAGGCGCGCCAAGCACUACAGGACAAGUUGGAUCAACAGCGAGUAUCAAAAGAGGAGAAAAGAAAAGCGGCGGAUGACCAGAAUGCGGACGGAAAAUCCCCGAUACACGAGGCCGGAGAGGGCACAAAGGGUGAAGAGCUGGAAAAUGUUGCUGAAAUGCCCGAAGAGUUACCACGCUAUGAGCCUGCAAACCAGGAUAAGCUCAAUCGAAUCGGACAUUGGGUGAGCAUUUCGGAAAGCCAGCGAAAGGAACUCGACAAAAUGACUGGCGACUCUCCUGGAAAGAGAAUCCCUCCGCCUAUUCCCAACAGACCAACUGCCGCUGAGCUUGCCAGCGUGGCAGAGCGGGCAGCCACUGUAGACGCCUCCCCGGCAAAAUCUGUACCACCGCGUCUCGUUGUAUCUACGACAAUGGAUGCGACUGAAAGCUGCGCCUCGUCUUCGAUUCUCACAUCUGGGGAUGAUCUCGGUCUGACACAUGAUUGGGGACUUGACGAAGGGCUGGGAUUAUCGGAUGGUAGUCAUGAUGAAGGUGGGAUUAAUAUCUACUCGGAAACCAUGUAUGGAGCCGGUGGGUUGGAUGCAAACGUUUUGGAGAGCACUCUAUUAUGGGAAUCGAGUCCUCAACUCCAUAGCGAGAAUGAACUCGAGCUGAAAAGUGUACGUAAGAUGCCAAGCUUCAAUCCUGGGGAUCUGGAUGAUGUGGGAACCAUCGACGAAGAAAUGGCCGCUGCAAUGUUCGACGAUCUUCAGUCUACCAUCGCCGGUGACGAAGAUGAUGGAAUUCGGUUCAAAGAACCCGAAGGUCCACCGAAAGCAAAGCAAACAAACGUCCUCAUAACUAUUGCCGGAUGGAUCACCUAUGGUCCCGAUGACCACACCCUUCCGUUUUCCACUUUAGAGCAUGACGUGCAUGGUGAUCAAUACGCUUUGUGUUGGGAAACAGACGUGCUUCAAGAGCUGGGCAGUGCUUUGAAGUUGUUGGUUGGGGAAGUGGCUAGUUUCCUUGUGCAGCAAGGACUGCAAGCAACUGUAUUGUCGACCUUGAUGAUUGGACUAGCGGGGCCAUUAUGGGUGAUGAAAUUGAGUUACUUGGUGGAUAAUCCAUGGGGAAAUGGAUUGAGCAAAGCAAACAAGGCUGGCAGGGUUCUUGCCGACACUUUAAUGCAAGGCGUGCAAGAAAACCGACCAGUCAGUCUUAUUGGAUUCUCCUUGGGUGCGCGUGUCAUCUUUCACUGCCUUCUCGAAUUGGCGUCUCGUGGAGCGUAUGGUAUUGUUGAGGACGUUUAUUUGCUCGGCUGCCCCGUAAUGGCGCAGAAAAACGAAUGGGAGCAGAUUGCCUCCGUCGUAAGCGGCCGUCUUGUUAACGGCUAUUCGACCAACGAUAUGGUGCUCGGCGUCCUAUACAGAGCGAGUGUUGCGGUGUGGAACAAUGUCGCUGGACUUCGGCCUGUGGAAGGAGUCGCCGGGGUUGAAAAUAUUCAAUUGGACGACGUCAUUCAAGGGCAUUUGGAUUAUCGACUGUGCAUGCCUAAGAUAUUGGAAAAGCUCGGAUUUUCCGUUACCCGGGACUAUUUUGAUGAUGAGGAUGAGGAGGAGGAGAAAGAGCGUAUGGAAAUCGAGGAAGAAAAGAGAAAGGAGAAGGAAGAAAGACUGCGAGCCAAGGAGGUGAGAUUGAAAAAGAAGCAGGAAGAAUACGAGGAGAAAUUGCGAAAGAAGAAGGAAGAGCAAGAGCGAAAGCAAAAGGAACGGGAAGAGAAGGAAAGGUUGAAAGAGGAAGCUCGCCGUAAAAAGGAGGCGGAAAAGGCCGCAGCAGCGACCUGGGCCGGGAAAGAUACAAGCGACAAGGUCAACCGAUUAAGUUGGUUCGCGCGGCGUAGUAGCGGCCGUGCAACGCCCACCCCAACACAGGAGAAGGUACCGGACGAGAUCGAGCAGUUGAUGCAGAACUACUGGAUGCCAAGGGAAAUCAAAAGCACGCUGCCGCCUUUGGUUAUUAAAUCGCCCGAAGAUGCUGUCAUUCCUAAAGAAAUCAAGACCACGCUUCCACCGCUUGUAAUCUCUAGCGCAGAGAUCGAUGAUGAUGGUACAGAUGCAGCGAGGUCGACAGGUACAGACGCACCUAAAUCGGUAAGGGAAAAUGCAGAGGGGAGCCUGCCCGACCUUACCUCGCCACCUCCAAGCUCAUGCCCACCGGAUGCUCCGGACACAAACGACGACCUAGUCGCGGCGCAAACGGAGCUAUAUGAAGCAGAGGCUGAGGUUGAAGCAGCCAAGAGGGAAGUUGCCGAAGCAGCGGCGGCAGCCGCUGCUGCAGCAGCCGGGAGUUUGGGAUUGAGGGUUACUCUCGAAAAUGGAACCGAACUGGAGCAGAUUAUCAUUGCGGCCCAGAAAGACGGUACUGCAGGUGCUGGCGCAGGGGACAAGCUCGACGGAAGAGCUGGUAUUGAUGGCCAUGAGAAGGACGAUGAUGAAUUUACCGACGGGAUAACGCCAUCAUCCCCGUCCUCUCAACCCAUCGUCCCCCCAGAAGACGCACAAGAUCUAGGCGUAUGGCACAAACGUAGUACUGAAAAUAUACCCGAAGGCUUCCUCGAUCCUCAGCCAAAGAUUGAACCAAGCCUAAAGAGUCCAGGCGUGCAUUCGUUCAUGUCCUCAUCAUCUGACGACUCAAGCGGUAGUGCGUUCGUGGACGCCCGAGAAAAUCCAUGGGUUGGAUAGAAUCAAUGAUGUAUGUAUUCACAGUGUAUCUGUAGCUUAGCGGAUGAAAUGGGGAAUGGGUGGCAUGGAUUUGAUAGAGAUGACGCCUAUUUUUUUUAUCUAUAUUUUUCUUUUUUUUUGAUAUCAUCCACCUUCUCCGAUGCCAAGCUAUCCAUCUUGCAUCGUCCAUCUUUGUAAUACACGUAUCUUUACAGGACAAAUCAGUCCACCCUUUCAGUCAUGGGACGCGAUGCAUU